ACGAAUGAAGUUGGUCCGAAUGAUUUAUGCGUAAAAUAACGUUAACUCGGUCACUAUUAACAAUACAAUAUUUAAUACAGUUAAUAGCUAACUUGUUUUUAGCUUCCAAGCUAACGUUUCUCUGAGUUAGGUUUUUUUAAUAUACUGGUCACAGUUAAUGUUAGCAAUAGCAUGCUUCUGAUAGUUAAUGUUGGUCUUAUAAAACGAUAGCUUAAAUCACUGAAUGCAUGACGUGUUUGUUUAACAUGGGUUAACAAUUUUAACGGGUUACUGUUCGAACUAAAAUAAUGAGCUAGCUAACUUCGGCCCAGUUGCUAAUGGACACCGGGCCUGUUAACUUUAACUAACGUAACAUUAAGCCUAAUUUGCUGCAGUUAACGUUAUAUUCAACCAGCAUAAAUUUGUCUAAUUCGGGCGCCCUAUGUAAUUGCAGUAUAACAUCUAAGUAAUGCAUAGUGCAUGAGACAAAUGGAUGUGUAAGAUAACUCUAACGUUAGUUGAACCAGCCCUAAACUAUGAUUUUGAAUAUAUAUAUAUAUUCUUUGUUAACAGAUACACAAUGCUGUUGCGUGUUCAAUUCAAGGAAGAGCAGAAAUAUGUCAAGGUGUCUGAGCUGACAUUCAACGCUUUCUUGAAAGAAGUGUGUCUAAAAUUCAAGAUACCAGAAAGCAGGCAGCCAGACAUUAAGGUGUAUGACCAAUCAGACACAGAAGUUGACACAGAGGUUUUUGAAGAAAUAGUGAAGGAGUCACCUGGAACUUUGAGAAUCAUGCUGGACAAUGGAGGACAUGGUGCCUCUCAAUCAUCAUGCCCGGGUACAUCUAAGGACACCGUCAUCCUGAAUUUCACGCGUUGUGACCCCAUUGAAGAAGAAGCCGCUGCAGAAGAAAGCCAGCCUAAAAGGCCAUGCCACAUUAACCUUGAGGCAAAAGAGCUGAUUGAAAAAAUCUUAACUUCUAAGCCUGGUGGUGAACGCAUCAUCCAAGAAUAUGGGAAAACUCAAUCCCUGACGGAUGCCACCAGAAGACAGAUGAUCAACAUACUUGCUGCUGAGAUGACAGAAAAACAUGGGACAUCCCCCCCCAAAAGUAUCAGAGUGAUGUAUGCACAGGGGAUAGUGGCUUUGUUUCCCUUUCUAAAAGACCCAUACUCACAACAUGGAUAUGAACAUUACUACGAUCCAGAGAGUGGUUCGGGAUAUCUUGCAUGGCGGUUAAAGACCAUACAAAGAAAAACAGCAGAGGAAAGAGGUGCCUUAAUCAGCAAAUCUCCUAAAGUUGGUGAGCCAGGUAUUGGUCGUCAGCCCUGUACCUUUGACAGAGAGCCAUCUGAUGAGGAUGUGGAAGCAGCUAUUUCUGUUUUGAGACACUCUGCUGAUGAAAAGACUGUCCGUGAGAAGAUGAAAAUGACCUUCAUAUAUCGGCAAGCAAUGGUCAACGAUGAAGCCAAAUCAUCAGAUGUCUUCUCUGUUUUUCCACGAUUUCUGGACACACCGGGACUGAUAGAACAAGAUUUCAGAUUUCUGUUUGGUGAGGUCACGGCCAACAAAUUAUUGGAGAAGUGGCCAACCACUUUUAAAGCAAAAGUAAUAAAAGAAAGCCAUGGACUUGUACCCACCAAAGAACUCUUGGAUUUGAUGCGCAAUGCUGAGUCAGCGGCUGAAGUUGAAAAUGGCUGGGACAAUGAGAUGUCUGCCAUCUUGCUGCUGCUACAUUUGCUUCCACCAUCUGCCCAAGGAAGAAAGAGGCCGGGAAAGCUUUCAGCCUAUCAAGCUGUAGAUCAGCUCAUUAGAUUUCAAAAGGUUGGAAGCAGUGUGCAGCAGCAUCUAGACAACAUCACCAUGAGAAGUCAGCCCUACCUUCUUGCCCAGGGAUCCACACAGAGCACCAUUCACUCCUACUACAUUGUGGUUGACAAGCAUGCCAUUCCAUGCAAGGCAACAGGUUCAGUUGGAGCUUUUGACGAACUCUUUAAAGCCCAUUACGUCUUUGGUACCUCAUACAGUUACUCCCUUAGCAGCUUUUUCACUUUCGUGCAAACAACCAUCUACAACAUCGACAUGGGGGAAACAAAGGAGACUUGCAGAGUUGAGGGCAAGAAUGCUGCGUUAGUUAAGACAAAACCAUGAAGUGUUUUCUUUGCAAAAGUGACCAUGGAAGUCCAAGCAACCUCGUUAAGCACUUUAAGGUCAUUCAUGGGCUAUGUACAGGCAGGACUCUUUUUCUGAAGUGUGGUCAAGAAGGAUGCUCACGUUCGUUUGGUAGUUUUUCCAGGUUUAAGAAAGCAUCUUAAUAAGUGCCAUGGAAGCAGUUCAGUUGAUUCUGUAGAAAAUGAUCUUUCAUAUCCUCAAAGUACCGGCAAUACAAGUAAUGUUUCUCAUGUUGAAGAGUCGACUGAAUAUUUAGAGACUGAAUCACAGUUAUCUUCGCCAUACAUUGUAAAUAGUUGUUCAGCUGUAAUUUCUGAUCUAAAGGCAGCAGGUGUUAGUCAAAGUACACUGAAUUCUGUAGUGAUUUCCAUGGAAGAGAUUGUUCAAGAUAUCCAUCAGCAUGCUAAAGAGACAGUGAUAACGCAUGUAUGUAGUAAUGAAAGAGAAACGGAAAUGUGCAAGAAAGUUGAGGCGUGUUUUGAGGGGUUAGAGAAUCCUUUCACAAUUCUAAAUUCGGAAUACAAGCGAUCAAAAUUUAUGACUGACAAGUGGGAAAUAGUAGAACCAGUUGAAUGUGUGAUUGGUUCAAGAUUUGACACAAGACGAAAUAAAAAGACUGGAACAUAUGAUCAGGUAGUUGUUCAAGAUACAUUCAUGUAUAUUCCAAUUUUAUCUACACUGCAGUCAAUAUUUAAAAGUCAAUAUGUUGCAGAAAUGUUGCACAGCUCAGCUACCAGCGACUCUAGACUGAAAGAUAUUUGUGACGGAUCUUUUUUUAAAAGUCACCCCCUGUUCUCAACUGAGAAGCAGACAAUACAGAUCCAGAUGUUCUAUGAUGACUUUGAGGUCGCCAACCCUCUUGGUCCUAAGCGAGGUAUUCAUAAAUUGGGUGGAGUUUAUUUUACUUUAAGAAACUUCUCUCCAAAAUGGAAUUCUUUCUUAGCUAACAUACACUUAUGCGCCUUAUUUCAUACUCAAGAUGUUAAACGUUAUGGUUUUAGUGAAAUUUUUGCUCCCAUUGUUCGAGACAUUAAAGUGUUGGAGAGUGAUGGUGUUGAGAUUCCAUUAUACAAUGGCUAUGUUCGUGGCACUCUAAUACAGGUUACUGGU